AUGAGCUUAAAUGCAAAAGAGCAGCAGCCUUUACACAGGGAUGAGGCCAUCUUCAUCGCCAUCGCGUCUGUCUCUAUUGUAGCGGUCUUGAUCGUGGCGCUGUUCUUCGGCUAUCGCAUGAUGAUGGGGGAGUGUAAACAGGGUCUGCACAAUAUGGACAUGAUAGAGGCCGCACCGUCAGAACCGUCUCUGGAUUUAGACAGUUUAAAGCUCCUGGAAUUGAUUGGUCGAGGACGCUACGGUUCUGUCUACAAAGGAUCACUGGAUGAACGGCCAGUCGCCGUAAAGGUUUUUACCUAUGCCAACCGGCAGAACUUCGUGAAUGAGCGCUCCAUCUACCGAAUCCCUCUUCUGGAGCAUGAGAACAUUGCUCGUUUUAUUGUUGGCGAUGAGCGUCUCACGACAGAUGGGCGAAUGGAGUACCUGCUGGUUAUGGAGUACUACCCUCAUGGCUCCCUGUGUCGGUACCUGAGUCUGCACACGCUGGACUGGGUGAGCUGCUGUCGUCUGGCACAUUCAGUGACGAGAGGACUGGCCUACCUGCACACCGAGCUGCUGAGAGGAGAUUUAUAUAAACCUGCCGUUUCACACCGGGAUCUAAACAGCCGUAAUGUUCUGGUGAAGAACGACGGCACGUGUGUGAUCAGUGACUUUGGCCUGUCCAUGAAACUGACGGGAAAUCGCCUCGUACGGCCUGGUGAAGAGGAAAACGCCGCCAUCAGUGAGGUGGGCACAAUCCGCUACAUGGCGCCGGAAGUGCUGGAGGGAGCAGUGAACCUCAGGGACUGCGAGUCGGCUUUGAAACAGGUGGACAUGUACGCCAUCGGCCUUAUCUACUGGGAGACCUUCAUGAGAUGCACUGACCUUUUUCCAGGCGAGGCAGUGCCAGAUUACCAGAUGGCCUUCCAGGCCGAGGCAGGGAACCACCCAUCCUUUGAGGACAUGCAGGUGCUGGUGUCCAGAGAGAAACAGAGACCCAAGUUUCCAGAAGCUUGGAAGGAGAACAGCCUGGCCGUGCGCUCUCUCAAGGAGACUAUGGAGGAUUGCUGGGAUCAGGACGCAGAGGCUCGCCUGACAGCGCAGUGUGCAGAAGAGCGUAUGGCGGAACUGCUGCUGAUCUGGGAAAGAAACAAACCCGUCAGCCCCACUAUCAAUCCCAUGAGCACAGCGCUGCAGAACGAGAGGAAUCUCACCCACAGUCGCAGGGCUCCCAAGAUGGGCUCUUAUCCAGAUUACUCUUCAUCCUCUUACAUCGAGGAUCAUGAGGGCAUGGUGAAGAACCUCCCAGGCGACGUCUCCACGUCUGGCACGUCCUCUGUGGGUGGCAUGGGCGUGAGCGGCAUCAGCGGCGGCGUGGCAGUGACAGGAGAGAAGAACAGAAACUCUAUCAACUACGAGAGACAGCAGGCUCAGGCCCAAGCUAGGCUGCCCAGUCCAGAGACCAGCGGCACGAGUCUGUCCGCCACAACCACUACAACGGGCCUCACGCCCAGCACCAUCAUGACCACCAUCUCUGAGUCAGGCCACUCGGAGGAGGUCGGAGCCGGAGGAAGCGUACCAGUGUGCCUUCAGCUCACAGAAGAGGACCUGGAGACCACCAAACUGGACCCCAAGGAGGUGGACAAGAACCUAAAAGAAAGCUCUGAUGAGAACCUGAUGGAGCAUUCGCAGAAGCAGUUCAGCGCUCCUGACCCGCUCAGCUUGGGCAGCUCCAGCCUCUUGUACCCGCUGAUCAAACUCGCCGCAGAAGUGACUGGAGGAUCAGGAACUGGCAGCCAGGCUGAUUUCGGGGUGGGCAGCAGUGGAAUGGGCGACACUCCUACAGCCAUGUUCCCUCUUCCCAAACAGCAGAAUCUCCCCAAGCGGCCCACCAGCUUGCCCCUCAACACCAAAAAUUCUGGCAGGGAGUCUUCGUCGUCACGGAAGUUUGGCAAGCACAAGUCCAACCUGAAGCAGGUAGAGACAGGCUUGGCCAAGAUGAACACUGUAGUGACAGUCGAGCCACACUUGGUCACUGUCACUAACAACGGGCCCAGUGUCCGUAGCGGCGUUGGAGUGGUCGUUGUUAAUGGAUAUGGUGGGGUCAGUGGCGCUGGCUCCUCUGAUGCAUUUGGGAACACCAACCCAGCCGGGCCGCAGGGUGACGGUGGUGCACCUCUGCUCCAGAGCCAGCUGAGUGGAGAAGACAGCCGCCUCAACAUCAACAUCAACUCCAGUCCCGAUGAACACGAGCCCCUGUUGAGGAGAGAGCAGUCAGCGGCACACGAUCAUUCCGGUCGCACCAACUCCAAUAACAACAACAGCAACAUCCACACAACCGCCACGAUUCGUACCUUAGCUCCUGUAGACGCCCUGAUGGAGACAUUAACCUGCCCUCCGGGGGCACCAGAUGGAAGGGAUGAUGGGGUUCCUCUGAGACGGCAUAAGCCCAGGAGACCUGAGCGGCCAAACUCACUGGACCUGUCAGCAACUUCCCAGGAUUCUUCUCUUCUGGAUGAGGUCGUGUCACAAGAGGGAAAAGCCGGAUCGGCCGAGAAGAUUAAGAAGCGUGUGAAGACACCUUAUUCUUUAAAAAGGUGGCGCCCUUCUACAUGGGUCGUCUCUUCAGAAACGCUGGACGGAGAGGUGAAUAACAACGGGCACAGCCAGCAGACGGGGACGGCAGCGACUGGAGGUGCUCUCCCAAGUUCUGGCCAAUCAAAAUCCAGCAUCGCUGUGUUCCUGGUCAGCGGUGGAACUGCGACCGCCACUCUAAACUCCGACCCACCAGAUAUGACCUGCCUGUGAACUCGCAUCUCCGUUUUUCCUCUGAGGAGGAGCCCAGAUCAGACUUUGAACACAGCUAUGCUUUCGUGCUCCAAGAACUGAUCCAGCUGAUGACCGAAAAGAAAUAUACGAAAAACGUUUUUGGAAAACAGCCUCUUGAAGGGACGUAAUUUGGCAAGCACUUAACUUUGUCGAACUUAUCCAACUUGUUUUGAAGAAAUCGCUUUAAACCGAACCCAGCUAUGCAGCAACAUUGGCAUAAAAUGCUUCCAUUUGUUUUUGUUGUUUCAUUUUCAAUUGUUUUUAUGGUUGUUCUUUCAUUUGUUGCACUUUUUUCGUAAGCAAUCUUAAUCACAAAUCCUCCGACCAUGUUCAAGACUGGUCUUAAAACUGAAAAACGUAAAUGACAAUGUGUUGAUUUAACAAUCAUAGUAAAUUAGGCGAAAUUCAAAUCAUGUCCAUCUAAAGAAAAAAAAAGGCAGUGGUCUUUAAGACAGGGUUGACUGCAACUCUAAUACCGUUUAACCUACAGUACAUUCAUAUGUUUUAUAUUUGUUGUACGUAUCUGUGUACUGAUUUUUUUUUUGUAUAAUAUUUUGAAAUGUGCAAUAGACUUUAGCUUUGAGGUGCUCCAUAAGACAAUGUAAUUUUGCUAUGUGUUUUAUGCCGCUUUUGUUUGUUUCUUGUCUUUAGUUUAAUAUCUUGAAGCGCUGCACUUCUGCAAUCCUGUGUCCAUUCGGCCACCCCAACUGCAAACAUCGAAACGUCGUAUAAAUGACAGUCCCACACCUUUUCACCAAUCCCAUCACUCUUGAAAAGGGAAGUAAAAAAGUAAAAUCUUGGGGUGUUUGCUUUAAUUACUGGACGACUUCUCACAAGCUUCAAUGAGGACAGUAGUUUUUUUUUCUGUUACACUACAAGACAGGCAUCAACCUGGACUGUUUGCUGGAAAUCAUGCUUUCUGAAGACACUGAAUAAUCAAGUCCCUCUCUGCACAUGCUCUGUGCAGUUUUACCUCUGUGAGAGUGUAUGUAAAUGUGUAUGUAUGGGUCUACUUCUGCUUUACUGAGCUCCUCAAAUCACCGCUGACAAGGCAUCAGUCAAACAAUACUUUCCACUUCCCAUCUCUGCCAGGACAGUGAAUGUUGCUCCAUGUGCUUUAGAAAGCAAAAACACACACAUAAUACGUACAUACGCCAUGAACAAAAUAUAUACAGUAUGUACAGACUGAAGCUCACAGCUACUUUAGUUCUGUUUUAGCCUCUGUUAAAAUAAGCUGACAUGAUAGUGUACAAUAAGAAAUCAUGAUUUUAUCCAUUUCAGCUGUUUCUGAAGUUAUUUUUCUCUAAAUGUUUAAUUUAUGUAGUACCCAGGGCCAUCUUCAUUCUCUGGGUUUAUUAUUUUCAUUCAAUCAAAUCAGUAAGUUGUUUAUAAUCAUGUAAAUUUAUCUUAUUUUAAUGAUACUUUCAAUCAAAUACAUCAGAAAUGCAUGUAGUUUUACCCUUCGUUUUCGUACAAUCGAGGAGAGAUUUACUUUUUUUUUUGGUGCCACUAGAAAUAUAGUCAUGUUUAAGUGUCGCAUCCUCAUUUUGAAAUCAUCUACACUUUGAGAGCAGUUGAUGUUUUUACCAGCCAUAACAUGGUCCUCGUUUUUUCUUCUACAACUGCUGCCUUUUGUGGAAAACUAUGGACACGAGCCAUUCAAAUAAUUACAUAGUGAUGAGGAAAAUUCCCUCAUAUAGCAAGGCCCUGCUUUGCUUGAAAUACCAGGAAAAAACAUGUUCACAUGUUUGAUCAGAGAGACCCUUAUUGUGCUUGUAUGGGUUUUCCAUAAUGAGUGUGGGGAUUAACCAUGAUUUGGCACAAGCCAGCAUUAUCUUUGGACUAUGUCCAUUCCAGAGCAGGGAACUUUCAAAAAGUCAUCAGAUUUGUCCCUUCCACUGGCUUUUUUCUGUCGGAAAACAAGACGAUGCAGUGCAGUUUAGUUUCUCACGCCCUCUUUUCUGAACCAAUCAGCACUUCAGUCUGACUUUUGUAUAUGUUUGUAAUAUAGGCUAACCUCUGUGGUGUAAAUAUAUACGGUGCAUUUGUAUGCACAUAUACAGACUCUUCAUCUGUUGCUUUGGAACCAAGAACAACGCUACAUCACUGUGAGAUUUAUCUGAAGAUAAACACCGUAACGUCAGACUGUUCUCGGCUAGAUACGUCAGUGUGAAUGAAUAAGAUUGUGAACUGAAAUGAGGAAUAAUAGCCUAAUAAAAGACAAAACAAACCUCCAGUGCUAAUUUGACCGAAGUGAACGAACGUUUAUGAUUUAGACCAAGGCGUUGAAGCUAAAACGUUGAUGAAGCUGAGUCAUUGGAAGUGUAGUUUGUUCAGGAGGACUGUCCAUCUGCUACAUGUUAAUAAUGCAAGAUGUUUACACCAGAGCCUUUGUCCAGUUUUACAGCACACUGUUGAAUACCGAAUCAUUUACAGAUUCUACAUGCCUUGUUUAUUCUUGAAGCAGACCUUGAGAAGUCAGACUUUUUAAAUUCAGUCAAGUUGCAGGAAUGUUUUAACUAAACCAAGUUGUACUCUUGCGUUUAAAAUGAAUCAGUUACUGAAAUUUACAUUGAUUGGAACUCAUUACACUCGCAAAACCAAACAUGAAAAUGACAAAUGGCUAACAAUGUGUCCUCUAAAACACAAACUUUGAGUAUCAGCUGUAUUUUGGGCUGCGUAUGAGUGAGUGAAUGAAUGAAGGGUCUGUGUUGACAAGCUGCUGAUUUUCUUUUUACUUUUGAGUUCAUUUUGAAGCUGAAGUCUUCAUUUGGCCCCUACAUAGAUGGAUGUUCAAAAAA